AUGGCCAGAACAGUGGUGCAACGUUACAAAGUAAUUAUUCGCCUAUUGCGUAUUUGCGCUGCAUUUUGUGGUGCAGAUAUUCUGCAGCCGGAUUACAAAAUGAAUCUGCUGACGUGGAUUGUUAUAGCGUUCAUAAAUAUGUUUUAUAUCUUCACUGGCUAUACGAUCUAUGUGAAUCUGUAUGUGGAAGGAGAAUGGACCAAUGUGUUGCAGGCCUUGUGUAUGGUUGGUAGUGCCGUGCAGGGCUAUUGCAAACUUUUGAAUGCCAUUUGGAAUAAAAAAUAUCUGUGUGAAUUACUUUACGAAGUGGAAGACAUCUAUAUGGAAUACGAUCGUAAGCAUGAGGAAUAUCGCAAAUGCCUGAACAAGAGCAUAAAUACCGUAGAUAAAUGUAUUAAAUCGAUGGCUGUGUUAUAUGCUGGUGUCAUUGUGGGUGUUAUUGGAAUAGUGCCCUUCUAUCGCAUUGUCUUUAAUCGCCGAAUCUUUGUAAUGCAAUUCCUUUUGCCGGGCAUCGAUCCGAACACCAAUCAUGGUUAUAUUAUCAUGAAUUUUAUGCAUUGUUGUUGUAUUUUAUUUGGAGCAUUUGGCAACUUUGCAGCGGACAAUUGUUUCGUUACCUUGGUUAGUCAUGUGCCCCUGUUCAAGGAUAUUUUAUUGUGUAAAUUUCAUGAUCUGAAUGUCGCACUAGAAGCGGUAGACGAAGGUCAUCCAAAUUGUAGAGAAUUGCUGAAGGACAUACUUCGGUGGCAUCAAAAUUAUAUGAGAUACAUAACCACCGUUAAGGACAACUAUUUUUGGGUAAUUUUGGUACAAUUUGCAACAAUUUCUCUAAGCUUGGCAUGCACUUUGUUCUGCCUGAUAUUGGGCAAAUGGCCGGGUGGCCAAACCUAUUUGGUGUACUGCUUCAUUAUGUUAUAUAUCUAUUGUGGUGUGGGUACCGUGAUAGAAAUAUCCAACGAUGGCUUUAUCGAUUCCUGUUACACGGAAGUAAUUUGGUAUAGACUGCCGGUGGCGGAGAGGAAAAUGCUACUGAUGAUGUUAAUGAUGUCUCAAAAUGCUGGCGGUCUAACCAUUGGCGCUGUCAUUCCCCUAACCAUGAAUACCGGCCUGCAAUUGACGAAAAUGAUCUACACCAUGACAAUGAUGUUGAUCAAUUUUCUUAACUAA